GAGAGAGAUGGAAAGGAUGAUUACAUGUCGUUACCAACCGGCUUUCCACACCACAAUAAUCAGGAGUGGGGAGAGGCUUCAAAUGCAAGAGACAACAACUCACCAACCACUUUGUUGGCAUAGCAACAUCAUCGUUUCUUCUUCUUCUUCUUCUUUCUUGCAAAGCCCUCCAGUUUCAUCAUCAGUUGCUCUUCUUCUUCUUCUUCAAUUCGACGGCAAAUGGCGGGACCGAAAACUAAGGUGCUGCCUCUAAGGUUCCUCUGUAUCUGUACAGCGCUGAUUCUCUUCUUAAAUAUAGAACUUCAUUCUGUGGUCGCUGAUGAUGUUACCGGGCUGCUCUGCAAUGAGGAUUUAACUAGCUUUCUUCCCGCUCUUUACAGCGACUCCUCCCGCUUCACCUGUAGAUCUGUAUGGAAUAACUAUGUCCUCAGAUACUUCCAGAGUGAGGAUCAUGUCCUGACCGUUGUAUUAUCUACUGAAUAUCUGUCUGGUUGGGUUGGAAUGGGAUUUUCAAAGACUGGACUCAUGAUUAAUUCCAGUGCUAUGGUGGGUUGGAUUAAUAAAGAAGGCCGAGCAAGAAUCAAACAGUACUACCUACAGGGAUCUAAGCCAUCACUAGUCAAACCAGAUGACGGCAACUUGAAUAUUACUAGCAGUCCAAUUGUUGUUCUUCAUGCGGCCACCAUUUACUUGGCAUUUCAACUGAAAUUUGCUGCCCAUCUUCGUACACAAAAUAUUUUAUUAGCUUUCGGAAGUACAACUCCUCUUCAUGCCCAUUUAUCAAAGCAUGAUGCUAGGACAACCAUUACAUUCGAUUUCGGUACAGGUUCUGCAUCUGCUGCUUACAACUUUGAUGGCUUGAAGAGGAACCAUGGAAUACUGGGUACAAUUGGAUGGGGGGUGCUUCUUCCAACUGGGACAAUUAUUGCAAGAUACUAUAAGCACCGAGAUCCUCUAUGGUAUUAUCUCCAUGUCUCCAUUCAGUUUGUAGGAUUUAUCUUUGGGCUUGCUGCUGUGGUUGCUGGGAAGGUACUCUAUGGUAAACUGCAUGCCAAUGUAUCGACACACAGAGGCAUCGGAAUAUUUGUCCUUGUGCUUAGUAUUCUUCAGAUAAUGGCAUUCUUUAUACGGCCUGACAAGGAUUCCAAGAUUCGCAAGUUUUGGAAUUGGUACCAUCACUGGUUUGGGAGAUUUGCUUUGUUCUUUGGAGUUUUGAAUAUUGCCCUUGGAAUUCAAAAUGGAGGCGCAGGGAAUUUCUGGGUAGUAGGGUACUGGGUUCUUGUUGCAGUUCUUCUGAUUAUUGUUGUUAUUUUAGAAGUAGUAUUGCGGAUGGGAAUGUAUCAAAAGACAGUUGAUCCUCCGGCAUUCCAGAUGAAUCCAUCGAAAUAGAAGACCAUUCCUUGUUGGCUGGAUGGAUGAGUUCCACUUUUAUGAUAAAUGGCUGAGGAUGUACUCUGUGCAAGCAGAGUAUGUGGGAUGAUAUGGUCUUUAGAUGUUGAUCCUGUGGACAUGGAAAAGAGAGAGUUACACAUAUAUCUUGGCCACUCUCGCUUCACACCUUGGCAUGAAAACUCAUUGUUCAUACUUAUAUAGCUGUGUUGUAUUGUGCAAA